UAUAAAAUAUACCAGACAUCAGCGGAAAAGCAUCAGUUAUUCAUUCAUCCUUUGUACAAGAACAUAAUCUAAAACAAGAUGAAGGUCUUUUUAAUCAUCGCCGUUUUAAUUGCAGCCGUUGUUGCUGACCAAGCACCCUAUUAUCAGCAGCCUAGCUACUACCCCGAAUACAAGCCAGAGCAGUACAAGCCGGAGUAUAAGCCGGAGUACAAGCCCGAAUACAAGCCCAAAUACAAGCCAGAGUACAAGCCGGAAUAUCCAAAUCAAAAGCCGUUCUACGCCGAACCAGCUUACAAGCCCACUUACCCAGAGUAUAAGCCAGCUUAUACCGAGCACAAACCGGCUUACCAUGAACCAACGUAUGCCCACCCGGCCCCAGCCUACAAACCUGCAUACAGGCCUGCGUAUCCGGAAUACAGACCGACUUACUCGUCUCCACCACAGUAUCCUUCUUACGCCCCAACUUAUCCUGUCAAAUACUAAAACGAAAGAUUUGCCUACACUUGAUUCACCGUAAAUUUGUCUGUGAUGAAUUUAACUUUUCGUUUCAAUAAAUGUUCUUUGUAUUGCGA